AUGGGUUGUUUAGUCUCCAAACCCGCCGAGGCGGAUAGAGACGCUGUCCAGCGGAACGCCCGCAUCGACCGGGUCAUCAAGAGUGACAAAAAGACAUUGGAUAGGACAAUUAAGAUACUACUGCUCGGUGCCGGUGAAUCGGGCAAAUCUACCAUUAUCAAGCAAAUGCGCAUUAUUCAUAGCCGAGGCUUUCCUGAGGAGGAGCGUCACCAAACGCGAACUGUUAUUUAUUCGAACGUUGUCGUUGCCUUCAAGGUUUUGCUGGACAUUAUGAAUGCAGAGAACAUACAAUUUGAGCAUGAAAGCACAAGGACCGUGGGAGAGCUUUUAGAUAAGACUGAGCCAGAUGUUGGCUCAGAUGAUGCCUUUUCUGACUUGAAGAUUCGUGAUGCGAUGAGAACCAUGUGGCGCGAUUCAGGUGUUCAGAAGGCUGUGGCGCGUGGACAUGAGUUUGCACUACACGAUAACUUGAGCUACUUUUACGAGUCUUUGGACAGGAUAUUUACUCCCGGGUGGCUUCCUGAUAACCAGGAUAUGCUCCAGGCUCGACUUCGAACAACAGGUAUCACGGAAACUUUGUUCGAGCUUGGGCAGAUGAACUUCCGGAUGAUGGAUGUUGGUGGACAACGAUCAGAACGAAAGAAGUGGAUUCACUGUUUUGAGGGAGUUCAGUGCUUGUUAUUCAUGGUGGCUUUGUCUGGGUAUGACCAAUGUCUGGUUGAAGAUCAAAACGCGAAUCAAAUGCAUGAAGCAAUGAUGUUAUUUGAAUCACUCGUCAAUGGAGAGUGGUUUAAGCGAAAGCCUAUCAUUCUCUUCCUCAACAAGAUCGAUCUCUUUAAAGCCAAACUUUCCAUAUCCUCCAUCUCAAAUCAUUUCCCCGACUACAGCGGUUCCGAUACAGAUUUUGAAUCCGCUGCGCGGUACUUCGCUGAUCGUUUCCGUGGAAUCAAUCGAAUUCCAGACCGUGAGAUCUAUAUCCACCAAACCAACGCCACUGAUACCACAUUAUUGAAGGCGACUAUGGAUUCGGUACAGGAUAUGAUCAUACAAAAGAACUUGCAUACCUUAAUACUAUAA